AUGGUUAUGGUGAUACGUCACUGGGUGGUACCGACACUGUUUGCGUCACUGAAGAAGGAAUUUGACAAGGAUUAUGAUCACGAUCAAUUGAUUCCGGUAGUCGGUCGAUGGUGGGAGAUUGGCUACUACUAUCUUGAGUUAUUCUACAGUAGAAGAAGAGAAGAAAGAAUUCGGGAGAAAAGCGUGAAUGUGAAGAGUAUAGAGGAUGACAAAUGUAAGGGAAUCAAGCGAAAUACACCAGCUUCAUCUAGAAGUCAUCAAUGA